CCUGCUCGUCAACAUCUCUCUCUCAAAACUCGCCAUCUCUCUCUCUCUCCUUCUGACCGUCGACGCGCAUACGCAAGCUCUGCUGUCUGCGCUCCAAUGGCUGCCGUGACCGCGAAGAAGGCUCGAUCCCCGUCCUCUCACCCUCCGUUCUUCGAGAUGAUAUCGGAUGCGAUCGUGACGUUGAAGGAGCGGACCGGGUCGAGCCAGUACGCCAUCCAGAAGUUCGUCGAGGAGAAGCACAAGAAGCUGCCGGCCAAUUUCAGGAAGCUCCUCCUGGUCCAGCUCAGGCGCCAGGUCGCCUCCGGCAAGCUCGUCAAGGUCAAGAACUCGUUCAAGCUGCCCCCCGCCGCCGCCGCCGCGGCCAAGCCCGCCCCCGCCGCGUCCAAGCCGAAGGCGAAGGCGGCGGCUGCCAAGCCGAAGCCGAAGCCGAAGACUGUUGCGAAGACGAAGGCGGCUGCUCCCAAGGCGAAGGCCGCCGCCGCCAAGCCCAAGACGGCCGCGAAGCCGAAAGCCGCAGCGGGUGCGAAGAGGAAGGCUGCUGAGAAGCCCAAGCCCGCGGUGAAGGCCGCGAAGACUUCUGCGAAGGCCACGCCCGCCAAGAAAGCUGUGAAGAAGGUCGCCCCCGCGAAGCCGAAGAAGACGCCGGUGAAGAAGCCGAAGAGCGUGAAGACGCCGGUGAAGAAGGCGAAGAAGUGAGCGGAGCCCGGUGGGGUGCCGGGUUCUUUGACUAGCGUAGGGGGUUACGGAUUUUAGGCGAGGAUUUCGGUUGUGUAUAGAAGAUGGUCUCUGGCAACAUAUGACAUAGCCCUUUUCGUUUUCUCUUUUGUCCCCCUUUUCUUUUUCUCUUGGUUUUUCUCGAACCGUGCUAACUCUAUUCUUGUUAGUGCAUAUGUUUCCAUGUAAGCUUCUAGGCGAAAGAUUAUUAAGAUGGUUUUCUUGUGUUUGAUAAGAAA